AUGGGCCAGAAGCUCAGUAAGGAAGCUUGGCGUCUCAACCUAUUCCAAGAAAACAGCUACGACUACGAUCAUAAAACCGUUCGAAAACUGAUUCGUGCAGGACGUUUGGCCGCUUUUUACAAAGGCCUCAACGAACUGCCCCAACAGCCAUCUCGGUUGGAAAAAACCAUGACAACCAGGGGAUUCUUCUUGACAGGGGAUUCAAUGAUGCGCCAUUUUGAUCCAUCAUAUCAACAAGCACUCGAUUGUCCAAUUUGUUUUCUAUACUUCCCCAUUGAUUAUCUUAAUUACGCACGUUGCUGCCGUCAACCAAUAUGCACAGAAUGCUUCUUGAGAUUGAUGAGAUCAUCCAAAUCACCAUUGGAGUCACCUUCAUGCCCAUUCUGCAUACGACCUGACUUUGGUAUCGUUCACAUCCCGCCAGCUUUGACGGAUGAGAAGAAACGAAAUGAUUCCUCGUUGCAGAAGGAUAUUAGUCAUGCCGUCAAAUCGUUGACGCUGGAUGAUUCACGUGUAAUCCUUGUAGAUUCCAUUCGACCCAAUUGGCACAAGACAAUAUUAGAUGCUGAUAUGCGUAUGGGAAGUAUAUCUGGAAAAGGAACCACUCGUAGACGCGUCGUUCGACCAAACAAUCAAAGUCGUCCUAUCGGCCAUCUACGACCUGAUGAAUCACCCUAUUAUGGCGGCCAUCGGGUGUCUUGGCCUAAUGAUCAUGAAAGUGUAACCAUCAUGCAUGCUAUCCGCUCCCAGCAAUAG